CGUAACCCUCCGAAUUCUGAUCUCCCCCUUUUGGGUUGCUUUUAUUGUGCCGGCGGUUUGGAUCGAACCCCUCCGUCGUUCUCGCCUGCUCUCUCGUCCCUGCUUUUGCCGACGAAUUCGAUCUCCAGAUCCAGGAAAAUGUCGGCAAAAACAGUGAAAAUUAGUAACAUUUGCUUGUCUGCAUCUCAAAGGGACAUUCAAGAAUUCUUUUCCUUCUCUGGGGACAUCGAUUAUGUUGAAAUGCAAAGUGAAUCAGAAGAUACUCAACUUGCUUAUGUCACUUUUAGAGACUCACAAGGAGCAGAAACUGCAAUGCUUCUCACAGGAGCAACAAUAGUUGAUCGUUCUGUUAAUAUAACUCCAGCUGAGAAUUACAAGUUGCCUCCUGAAGCUUACAGACACAUGCUGGAUGGAAACUCCUCACCUACCAAUGAGGCGGUGAAGAAGGCGGAGGAUGUGGUAAGUGGCAUGUUGGCCAAGGGCUUUGUUCUCAGCAAGGAUGCACUCCAGAGAGCGAAAGCCUUUGACGAGCAGCACCAACUUCUAUCCACUGCCUCAGCAACCGUCGUGUCUCUGGAUCAGAGGAUUGGGCUGAGUGAGAAGCUAAGCACAGGCAUGGCCAUGGUCAGUGGGAAGGUGAGGGAGGUGGACGAGCGAUACCAGGUAACUGAGAUCACGAGGUCGGCCCUUGCCUCCGCUGAGCAAACAGCCACCAAUGCUGGAUCAGCCAUCAUGAGCAACCGAUAUGUCUCAACUGGAGCAUCAUGGUUAUCAAGUGCACUCGGUAAGGUAAUGAAGGCAGCUGAGGAUGUUAGCAUCCUGACCAAGGAGAAGGUGGAGAAGGCCGAAGAGGAGAGGAAGCAACUAUUCUGGGAUGAGAGACGGGGAAUGGUGAGCGAGUAUGCAAAGGUUCACCUCGACGAGCCGUUGUCGAACGAACCUCCGACGGUCCCUGUGUACUCUAUGGAUGAGCAGAAGCUGCGGAUCGCAUAAAUCUCUGUUCAUUUCAGAAUUCGGCUCACUAUUCAUUUUGUUAUUAGUUUGCACAAUUAUUUUUUAUGCUUGUAUCAUCCAUUGACCAUCAUGUA